AUGCAAUUUCACUAUCACACACCUCCAAUGGAUGUAAUGAUGAUGAAUCACGAACUCGAAAUCCAGAGAAUGAUGGGAGUCCCCGGAGUUGUGAUGAUGAAUUAUGUUAUAGAGGAAUCUCCCUACAAUCCCAUAUCAUGGUGA